AUGAGUUACGGCAAGAAAGACGAAGAUGCCGACCUCGGCCUGGUCAAGGUCGACCGCACCCAGGUCUUCCAAGAAGCUCGACUGUUCAACAGCUCGCCGAUCCAGCCUCGAAGAUGUCGUAUCCUCCUGACGAAGAUCGCCCUACUCCUGUAUACAGGAGAGAGGUUUCCAACGAACGAAGCUACCACCCUGUUCUUCGGCAUAUCGAAGCUAUUCCAGAACAAAGAUGCGAGCUUGCGACAGAUGGUCCAUUUGGUCAUCAAGGAGAUUGCCAACUCGGCCGAGGAUAUUAUCAUGGUCACAAGCACCAUCAUGAAGGACACCGGUGGCAGUACGGAUGCGAUCUACCGACCGAACGCCAUUCGGGCCCUGUGCCGCAUCAUUGAUGCGACCACUGUUCAGUCAAUUGAGCGUGUGAUGAAAACAGCAAUCGUCGACAAGAACCCUUCCGUCUCGUCCGCCGCCCUCGUGUCCUCUUACCAUCUCCUCCCGAUCGCCAAGGAUGUUGUUCGACGGUGGCAGUCCGAAACACAGGAAGCUGCGGCUUCGACGAAAUCCUCCGGCGGAUUCUCACUCGGCUUCUCUUCAUCCUCCGGCUCGAUGCCCAUGAACAACUCGACCAUGACGCAAUACCAUGCGGUCGGUCUUCUAUAUCAGAUGCGAUCACACGACAGAAUGGCUCUGGUCAAGAUGGUUCAGCAGUUUGGUGCUGCUGGUGCUGUCAAGAGUCCCGCUGCGAUUGUUUUGCUUGUUAGGCUGGCCGCCCAGUUGGCUGAAGAGGACCAAUCUCUGAGGAAACCCAUGAUGCAACUGCUGGAUGGAUGGUUAAGACACAAGAGCGAGAUGGUCAACUUCGAAGCUGCCAAGGCAAUUUGCGAUAUGCGGGAUGUGACGGAUGCCGAAGUCACCCAGGCCGUCCAUGUGCUACAGCUUUUCCUCUCAUCGCCGCGUGCGGUCACCAAGUUUGCUGCUCUCCGGAUUCUACACAAUUUUGCCUCAUUCAAGCCCCAGGCAGUCAAUGUUUGCAACCCCGACAUUGAAGCUCUCAUCUCCAACACCAAUCGAUCGAUCGCCACGUUUGCCAUUACUACAUUGCUGAAAACCGGCAACGAGGCCAGCGUGGACCGGCUCAUGAAGCAGAUUAGUGGAUUCAUGUCUGAAAUCACCGAUGAGUUCAAGAUCACGAUUGUCGAAGCCAUCCGAACCCUCUGCCUCAAGUUCCCUAGCAAGCAAGUAGGUAUGCUAGCGUUCCUCAGCGGCAUUCUCCGUGACGAGGGUGGUUAUGAGUUCAAGCGGGCCGUGGUGGAGAGCAUGUUCGACCUGAUCAAGUUCGUGCCGGAUUCCAAGGAAGAUGCGCUUGCCCACCUGUGUGAGUUCAUUGAAGACUGCGAGUUCACCAAGCUGGCCGUCCGGAUCCUGCACCUGUUGGGUCUCGAAGGUCCGAAGACUUCGCAACCCACCAAGUAUAUCCGUUACAUCUACAACAGAGUCGUUCUCGAGAAUGCCAUUGUCAGGGCAGCAGCAGUUACAGCUCUAGCCAAGUUCGGUGUUGGGCAGAAGGAUCCCGAGGUCAAGCGUAGUGUCGAUGUUCUCUUGACAAGAUGCUUAGACGAUGUGGAUGACGAAGUUCGUGACCGAGCCGCCCUCAACCUUCGAUUAAUGCACGAGGACGACGAGAUGGGCGAACGCUUCAUCAAGAAUGAAAACAUGUUCUCCCUGCCGUACUUUGAGCAUCAGCUUGUCAUGUACGUAACGUCGGACGAUAAGUCGGCAUUCGACGACCCCUUCGACAUCAGCAAGAUCCCCGUUGUCACCCGAGAACAAGCAGAUGCCGAGGACCGCACGAAGAAGCUCACAGCCACGGCACCAUCCCUCAAGCCACCAAAGACCGGACCUUCCAAGACGGUCCCAAGCGGAGCAGAGGCCCAGGCGUCGGCGGCGGCAGCAGCCCAAAAGUAUGCUCAGGAACUCAUGUCGAUCCCAGAAAUGAAGGAGUUCGGCGGUGUCCUGAAGUCAUCACCUGUUGUUGAGCUGACGGAAGCCGAGACGGAGUACGUGGUGAGCGUGGUCAAGCACAUCUUCAAGGAGCAUAUCGUACUCCAGUAUGAGGUGAAGAACACGCUUGAGGCCACAGUGCUCGAGAACGUGUCGGUGGUUGCCAUGCCGUCGGACGAGGAAGAGCUAGAGGAGAUGUUCAUUCUUCAAGCAGAGAAACUACCUACGGAGGAGCCGGGCAAGGUAUAUGUGGCGUUUCAAAAGGUCAAUGGCGAGGGAUCAAUGCCGACCAGCUCCUUCUCGAACGUGCUCAAGUUCACGAGCAAGGAGAUUGACCCGACGACGAAUGAGCCUGAAGAUAGCGGGUACGAUGAUGAGUACGAGGUGGGAGACUUUGACCUCGCGGGCAGUGACUACGUGAUACCCACUUUCGCAGGCAACUUCAACCAUCUCUGGGAACAGGUGGGCGCGGCGGGAGAGGAGGCCACGGAGACGUUGCAGCUAUCCGGCAUGAACAGUAUUGCAGACGCUACGGAGCAGUUGACGAAGACGCUCUCAUUACAGCCGCUGGAGGGCACGGAUGUGCCAGUCAGCCAGACAACACACCAACUGAAGUUAUUAGGGAAGACGGUCAACGGCGGAAAGGUGGUGGCGAACAUCAGGAUGGCGUACUCGUCCAAGUCCGGGGUGACGACCAAGAUCACGGUGCGCAGCGAAGAGGAGAACGUUGCAGCCAUGGUGAUGGCAUCAGUUGCCUAG